CCUCCGUGUCGAUGAGGAGCCACUCCGAGCGACUCGACACGAAUACACGGAUGGAGUGGAGUUCGAAGUGACGAGCCAUUCCACUUUGAAAUACCCUCUCAUUCGCUGUCCUGCCGUCUCCAGGUUGCCAACACUGCACUUGCGCCAGUGUCAUCUAUUAGCUGCACAUUGAACUUCCAUCCGCAGACGGGCGAGCACGUAUUCCCUGUAAGGAUUGAGAUCCUCUAGAACUCGGUUGGUUUUCGCCGUUCAACAAUACGAAAGGAAAAUUCGCCGAUAUCAGGCCGACUGAUUGUCAAGAAAAAAGGAAGAAGAAAUCAUGAGGGAAAUCGUGCAUCUGCAAGCUGGCCAAUGCGGUAACCAGAUUGGCGCAAAGUUCUGGGAGGUGAUAUCCGAGGAGCAUGGCAUAGAUCAGUCUGGAAUUUAUCACGGCGACAGCGACCUGCAGCUGGAACGAAUUUCCGUUUACUACAACGAGGCUUCCGUGGCUACGUCUACGGAUGGCGGCAAGUACGUACCCAGGGCCAUCCUGCUGGAUCUGGAGCCAGGAACGAUGGACGCCGUACGAUCUGGCGCAUACGGCAAGCUCUUCCGACCUGACAAUUUUGUCUUUGGUCAAAGCGGCGCCGGGAACAACUGGGCCAAAGGUCAUUACACGGAAGGUGCUGAGCUAGUGGAUUCGGUAUUGGACGUGGUGCGGAAGGAAUGUGAGAAUUGCGACUGUCUUCAAGGAUUCCAGCUGACCCAUUCCCUGGGCGGGGGUACAGGAUCAGGCAUGGGGACUUUGCUUAUAUCUAAGAUCCGUGAAGAGUAUCCCGACAGGAUCAUGAACACUUAUUCGGUGAUGCCAUCGCCGAAGGUAUCGGAUACCGUGGUGGAGCCUUACAACGCCACCCUGUCGGUUCAUCAGCUGGUGGAGAAUACAGACGAGACCUACUGCAUCGACAACGAAGCCCUUUAUGAUAUAUGCUUCCGCACCCUUAAAGUGUCCAACCCUUCCUACGGGGACCUGAAUCAUCUGGUAUCGUUGACCAUGUCCGGUGUCACUACCUGUCUCAGGUUCCCAGGUCAGCUGAACGCCGACCUCAGGAAGCUAGCCGUGAACAUGGUGCCCUUCCCACGUCUUCACUUCUUCAUGCCUGGCUUUGCGCCACUGACGUCACGAUCCAUGCAGCAGUACUCUGCCUUGUCCGUACCGGAACUCACGCAACAGAUGUUCGACGCUAAGAAUAUGAUGGCCGCCUGCGAUCCACGUCACGGAAGGUACCUUACAGUCGCCGCAGUCUUCAGAGGCCGGAUGUCUAUGAAAGAGGUUGAUGAACAAAUGCUCAGCGUGCAGAAUAAGAACAGUCCUUACUUCGUCGAGUGGAUACCCAACAACGUGAAGACUGCAGUGUGCGACAUUCCACCCAAAGGUCUGAGGAUGUCCUCCACGUUCAUUGGAAAUACGACGGCCAUCCAGGAACUGUUCAAGAGAAUUUCUGAGCAGUUCACUGCCAUGUUCAGGAGGAAGGCUUUCCUCCAUUGGUACACUGGCGAGGGUAUGGACGAGAUGGAGUUCACUGAAGCUGAAUCCAACAUGAACGAUCUGGUCUCCGAGUACCAGCAGUACCAGGAAGCAACAGCCGAAGAGGACUUUGAGGUUGAGGAAUGUGGCGAUGACUUUGAAACCUGCGAGCAAGAAUGAAGAGCAUUGACUGUUGAUAUAUUUAUGAUGGAUUUAACUUAGUCAUAUUUAUAAGGUCUCAUAAGCGUUUCAUACUUUUCUAGCUUUUAUACUCGAGUAUAGAUAGAUAGAAGACUGAACGAAUAUAAAAGAAUUUGUCAA